AUGGAUCAGAAAAGGGGCUGGGUUCUAUUUCCGGGCCGGGCGGGAGGUGAAGGCGCUUGCGAAGAAGAUAAGAGAGCCUUCCCGGUAAAGAAGAGGAAAAAAAGAUGCUGUCAUCUAUCUCCACUAGUUUCCCGAGGCGUUGGAAAGAAAGACCGGCUCAGAGAAUAA